ACGAGUUUGUUCAGUAAGGUACAACUGUGAAUGAAAGUACCACCUGAGAAAGUCAUCCGUCUCCAUCCUGCUGUCUAUUCUCAUAAAGAGUGAUCCUCCACCAUACAUCUUAUCAUAUCAUAUCAUAUGUCACUGGAUUGCUUAACGCAGUUCUGUAUUCUGCCUGUUCCUGUUUUUAGGAUUUUGCCAUUAACCCUUUGAACGCCGCACUGCCCGCUGUCUCUGCCUUAAGGUCCAACCAUAGACCGUUAGGGUCCAACACAUUCAGUGUGAGGAAGUAGAUGCUGUGUUUAUGUUUCAGACGCCAGUGUGAGGCCGAGAGAGAGUCACGAUGGAUCAGACCAGAUGGGUUGGAAUGUCUUUAUUUCUGAUGCUGCUGCUCCAGUUUGCAGCCGCUCGGAAAUUUUUUGGCCCUAUUGUCGCAGUUGGCGAUGAAGUCACGUUGUCUUGUGAGAAUGGGAUGGAUGAUCCGGAUCCGUGUGAAGGUGUCAUCUGGUUCUUUGUUAGUCCAAGAAACCAAGGACAGACGCUGUUUGAAGACAAGCAGAUUCGAGCUAAACCGGACCGCCUCAGCGUUACGGAGAACUGUUCUCUGGUCAUUAAGAACAUCCAACGUGACGAUGUCGGGCGUUACGAUUGCGGCCACUUCAGAUCAGGGAAACUGCAUGGUGAAGACACAGUGACUGUUCUGCAUGUUGUUACCAUGACUGAACAGCAGAAGGAUGACGAGGUCACCUUGGUCUGCUCGGUGUCGGCAUAUUCUUCUAAUUGUUACCACACCGUGAGCUGGCGCUAUGGUGAGACUGAUGUGGGGGCAACACGGAGUUCCUGUUCAGCCACUGUAGCCAUUUUCACACCAUCUCGCCUUAGGCCGAAGUAUUCCGAGUUACUGAAAUGUAAAGUGACUCCCAGUGACAGUGAAACCGCGCACCUGUUCCCCUUCAUCCGUCCUUAGUCCUCCAGUGAGAAACCAGGUGACGUUGCAACAACUACAUUAUCUCCACCUGCAAAGGACUCAGCCUAGACAACAGGAAAUAAAUGACAUCAGAAGAGACAACACAACAUCUGAAAACAACAAUUACACACCAGAAGGUAGCGGGAUGAUGAAGGUACAGUGACCUAUGAAAACGUUGCAAUCUUCUAUCUCUGUCUGACUCCACUGAUCAUCAUAUUUUACAUGAGUAGAUAACAAAAUGAUACGUUGAUGGAUGACUGAAUGGGUUUUCUGUGCCGAGCUGUUUCUAUUUUAGUCUGAGCUGGACAAAGAGACACAAUAUUCAUAUCAUUCUAGUCGUUUAUUCUGUACAUCUUGUCUUAGUUUAGCAUUAUUGUACUUACACCUAUUACUAUAUUUUAUACUUAUACUGCUGCACAUGUCUUAUAUUAGCAAUAACCUGCUCUAUAUAUUUUAUACUUAUACUGCUGCACAUGUCUUAUAUUAGCAAUAACCUGCUCUAUAUAUUUUAUACUUAUACCUGUGCUGCCGACUGUUAUUGCUGCACAUGUCCAUUCUUUAUAUAGCGUUUUCAUAUCUUCCCCCUACUGUUUAUUCUAUAUAUUAUGUAAUACUAUAUGUGCAUUACUCUGCAUGUUUUAUUAUUUCACUUGAAAUGCAUGUCAUGGUCUCAGUACCUGUACUCUGUGCAACAACAAUGAAAUAUAAUCGUUUUCCACAUUUUCCUC